AUUUAUACAUAUACUCCAUAGCUAAUAAUUAACAGAGAAGAACAGCAUGAGUUUCACAGAAGAGCAGGAAGCUUUGGUGGUCAAGUCUUGGGAAUCAAUGAAGAAAGACGCCGGAGAUUGGAGUCUCAAAUUGUUCUUGAAGAUAUUUGAAAUCGCACCAUCGACUAAGGAGUUGUUCUCAUUUCUGAGGGAUGCCGGAGAUGUCCCACUCGAUCAAAAUGCAAAACUCAAGGCCCACGCCAAAACUGUCUUUGUUAUGACAUGUGAAGCUGCGGUGAAGCUGAGGAAAGAGGGAAAAGUGGUGGUAAGGGAAUCCACCUUAAAAAGGUUAGGGGCCACUCAUUCCAAGUAUGGCAUUGUGGAUGCACAUUUUGAGGUGACUAGGUAUGCAUUACUGGAAACCAUAAAAACUGCCAUACCAGAAAUGUGGUCUGCAGAAAUGAGUGAUGCAUGGGGUGUGGCAUAUGACCACUUAGUUGAGGCUAUCAAGGCUGAGAUGAAACCUUGAUUUACUAAAUAAUACUUCAUUAUAAAGACUAAUACUGUUAGUAUCUUCAUCAUAACAAUGCAUGAGAGCGUAGUAAUUAAAAUAUUUCUAUUUACUUUUACAUGUAUAAUGUUUCAUAUCACUCUUCUGCCGCUAAAAUUAUUAUCAAAAUGCAAUUUGAUCGA